UUGUCGCAGGUUUGGCUAAAACAUGGCAUCUCUCUUUGUAAAGAAAAUGAUGGUUAUGAUCACCAGUCCUCUUCUCCAUGUGAGCAGAUAUUCAGCUAAACCUUCCUCGAUCUCUGCGUUUCUGUUUUCAUCGCGACAAAAUACAGUUUCCUUAGAUGCUGAUUCUAUGAAGUAUAGAACAAUAACUCAUCCAUUUCUUUCCCAUUAUCUGCUAAGAUCCUUUCAGCCUACUCUUGGGUUCAAAACAAAAGCUGUCCUAAAGAAGCGCUGUAAGGACUGUUAUUUUGUAAAAAGGCGUGGACGAUGGUUUGUAUAUUGUGCCACAAAUCCAAGACACAAGCAACGACAGUUGAAGUCUGAUUUUUGAAAUGUUGUGCAAAAUGCCAUCCAUCCUUCAGAAAACUUAAUCAACAGAAAAAAACCCAAAACAAUUGGAGCCAGUCAAAUAUUAGAAAUAAUACCAUCAAAUAACAAUAUCAUAAAGAUUGAUGAUAAGA